AUGCCUCCCAUCAACAUAGAGGCUCGCCAGCAAAGUCUCGCCAGCAUGGGGUUCCCCUCUGGAACCACUAUCACUGCGGAAUUCACCGGUUACGCCGGGUUUGUGGGAGGGUGCCUCAGGACGUACGACCAGGAGGUGCAACCGAAAGACAUGAUCAUGACCGCACUGAACAGGGUGCACUCGCGUAGCGCGAGUGACGUUCGCUCAGGUGCUGGGAGUGGAAACCCUGAGGACAUUCUCGAAUGGGGCAUACGGCUAUACAAAGGCUACCGCCCUUCGAGUUCACCCAGCCGACGCAUCACCGCGCAAGCCUUCUCCUGUAUCGCAAGCCUCUAUAACAACAAGUCGCGCCUGCCAAAUCAAACACUCCAAAUUGACGACCUCAGGCGCGCCGCUGAGGCAGCCAACACGGCCGCAGGGCUCGGGUACACGACCCCGACCGCCCUCUCCAUCGCGAUGUACAUCGGCAACCUGAACCACCUGGAUUCCGUCGGUGGGCCUGCUCGAAACGUCUGGGAGACGGCGUACUUCUCGGAGCUGAUAGAGCUCCGGAGAGUAUACGAGCGCAGGAAGCGUGAGGUAGAGCGCGAGGACAGGACGCGCGAAAGGAGGGUUGAGCGAGCGCCGGGCGAAUUUCGGUGUGCGGCUGUUGGAUGCGGGAUAGAGGCCACGAGGCGAGGAAGGCUGGGCUAA